CCUCACGUACGCACGGUAUGUGAAAACUCCACGUACCGGCUAUAAGGGAAGAUUUGGAUGUAUAAUGCGAUUUGAAGCUAGCGUCAUGUUGUUUUUCACGGUUGAAAUGCUCACCAGAAUUUGUGAGAUGCUUUUGUUUGAGAAAUCGGACGGCCUCUUCUGAUGGCGCACAUAGGCAGUCCAAGGUUAUAUUGGGAGACUCGGCAUGAUAACUAGCCUGUGCAGCGGCUAGUGGCGUAUAUCUACUGUAUCGUCUGGGCUUGAUGUACACAGACGAGACACGAUGCCUCACUCAUUCCCAUUCCUCUCUACGGAGCAGAAGAAGGAGCUCAGUGAUAUUGCUCAGAAGAUCGUUGCUCCCGGCAAGGGAAUCCUUGCUGCCGAUGAGUCUACUGGCAGCGUCGCCAAGCGUUUCCAAAGCAUCAACGCUGAGAACACUGAGGAGAACCGCCGUCUUUACCGCCAGCUCCUCUUCACGGCCGACCGCGUAGAGCCAUGCAUCGGUGGAGUCAUCUUCUUCCAUGAGACCCUGUACCAGAAGACAGACGAUGGCAAGCUGUUCCCCCAGCUCAUCAAGGAGAGGAACAUGGUGGUGGGCAUCAAGGUGGACAAAGGUGUCGUCCCCCUGGCCGGGACCAACGGAGAGACCACCACUCAGGGUCUGGAUGGGCUGUACGAGCGGUGUGCCCAGUACAAAAAGGACGGAGCUGACUUUGCUAAGUGGCGUUGUGUGCUGAAGAUUACUGAUACCACCCCCUCAGAGCUGGCCAUCAAGGAGAACGCCAACGUCCUGGCGCGCUACGCCAGCAUCUGCCAGAUGCAUGGCAUCGUGCCCAUCGUGGAGCCUGAGAUCCUGCCAGACGGAGACCAUGACCUGAAGCGCUGCCAGUAUGUCACAGAGAAGGUUCUGUCUGCAGUGUAUAAGGCUCUGUCUGACCACCAUGUGUACCUGGAGGGCACCCUGCUGAAGCCCAACAUGGUCACCCCUGGACACUCCUGCUCCCAAAAGUAUAGCAACCAGGAGAUAGCCAUGGCAACUGUUACCGCCCUGCGCCGCACCGUGCCCCCAGCCGUGCCUGGCAUCACCUUCCUGUCUGGCGGCCAGUCUGAGGAGGAAGCAUCCAUCAACCUGAAUGCCAUGAACCAGUGUCCCCUUCACCGGCCCUGGGCCAUCACGUUCUCCUACGGCCGCGCCCUGCAGGCCUCCGCCCUCAAGGCCUGGGGAGGCAAGCCAGAGAACGGCAAGGCCUGCCAGGAGGAGUUCAUCAAGAGAGCCCUGAACAACAGCAAGGCCUGUCAGGGCAAGUAUGUUUCCUCUGGAGACAAGGGCGCCGCCGGCGGAGAAUCCCUCUAUGUGGCCAACCACGCCUAUUAAGUAUGGACCCACCCCUUUCAAUAUCAAACCACACCCACAUUUCCCCAACACUAUCCACUCAGCUGUUACGCUUUUCUUCGCAAAACUCUUUCCCUCUUCCACUUUUUUUUUUUUGUUGCGUGGGGCUUGUGAUAUCACUGUUACGUUAUUGUCUAGUGCAGGAAAGUUAAGUGUGUUUCGUCAGUUAUUUUAACAUUUUAGCACUCAAACCCCUCCUCAGCCGAGAGAAAAGUCUGUGAUCCUUUGCCCCUAGUCACUCCCCGUUCGCUGGAGCUUGAGAGCUCCAGCUCUUUGUCCCCACCCCCCCUCUGCUUACAGUAUCCUCCCCCGUGACUAUCCCUCGUGUUUCAGUGUUGUCAUCUUGAUGAUUCCUAAGUACAUGUGCCUUCUUCUCUCGACUGAAAAAAAACACUGGAGGAAGACCCUGUAGAGUAUAUUCUUAAUGUAUGACAUUCUAUACACUGGAAAUAGAAAAUAAAGAAUCAUAUUCACUAAA